AUGUUCCCAAAGCAUGAGUGGUCGCGGUCUAUUAGCGGGGCCUCCUCCGGUCUGUCCACCAGCCCUCUCAGUAGCCCACGGCCUGUCCGAAAAUUUGGCGUGCCGCCUCAGUCCCCGGAUUUCACACAGUCUCCAAACGCCAGCCCGUGCCCUUCCCCGGAGCCACUUCCCAUUCGCACUGGCCCCAGAAUAUCCACCCCUAACUCACUCUCCCCAGACUGCGACUCUCUGUUGCUUCCCCCGUCGCUGAACAAGACCCAAACGUUGCCAAUUAGGUGCAACGCGCUGCCCAAGCCUCUGCAAGCCACGCGCUCCAACCCGCUGCCUGAUUCGUGCAACAACGAUGUGAUUAACUCAGAACCGGAGUCUCCAGAGCAGCCUCUUCCUUCCUCCUCCAUGCCGCCAACUCCUACCUCUCCGACCAGGCCAUUACCGCCGCCCACCCCAAAACACGUCCCCUUUUCUUACACCAACAGCCCCCAGACCAGACGGAACUACUUUGCGGCCAGCCCACAGCUCUCCAUGCCCCUUACUCCCGCUUUAUCGCCCAUCCGUUUACACCACUUCCACCCGGUAGCACCCGCCGCCUCUCCUCCCUUUACUGACCAUGCUCCCAAAUCUAUCCCCCUCAUACAGGUAACCCCUCACCCUUCCCCUCGAGGAAGUCCCCUCCCUACGCCCAAGGGAACCCCAGUGCACACGCCCAAGGACAGCCCGUGCGGGACGCCCACCCCCACGCCGCCCCCCAGCCCGUCCAUUGGAGGACUGCCCUGGAGAACGCGUCUCAACACCAUCAAGAACAGUUUUCUGGGCUCGCCACGCUUCCACCGCAGAAAGCUGCAAGUUCCUACACAAGAGGAGAUGUCCAGCCUCACUCCAGAGUCUUCCCCAGAGCUUGCAAAAAAAUCCUGGUUUGGUAACUUCAUCAACUUGGAAAAAGAAGAGCAAAUCUUCAUCGUCAUCAGGGACAAGCCGCUCAGCUCCAUCAAGGCGGACAUCGUGCAGGCGUUUCUUUCGAUCCCGAGUCUGAGCCAUAGCGUCAUCUCGCAGACCAGUUUCCGGGCGGAGUACAAGUCCACGGCGGGUCCUACGGUUUUCCAGAAGCCCGUGAAGUUCCAGGUUGAUAUCACCUACACAGAGAGCACAGCCGCCACCAAGGAGAACGGCAUCUACUCGGUCACGUUUAUCCUGCUUUCAGGACCCAGUCGGCGUUUUAAGCGAGUAGUGGAGUCCAUUCAGAGCCAGUUGUUAAGCACACAUGACCAGCCUGGGGUCCAACAGCUAGCUGACGAGAAGAACGGCCAGGUGCCCUCCUACGCCAAGCACAGCCUCUCGCCCGCGCCCGUCCGGAGGCAUGCCGAUCACGAAAACAAUGACGCGAAAUGCCCCCGGGCCAAGCUCGCCGUGGCAUCGGUCGGCACGCAAGACGAAUCUUAG